AUGAAGGCCUUCUUCAACCGCAUCGGCCUCACCAAGGAGAAGGACAGAGACAGGACCGACGUUCUCAGAGAAAAGAUACCCCAGCUCCCUCCGCUUCCCGACUGGCCGCCCCAGCGCUCAGCGGCAACUCCUACAGACCCCUCCAAACCUCUGCCUGAGCUUUCUGACCGCACCCUCCCCCCGCCGCCGGACGAGCACGAUCUAUCCACGUCAACCGAGUCCUCGGCGACACCAACCCCGAUCGCUGCCAUGAACUCGUUGCCCCCUGCAGAUCCUCCGCUCGAGGAUAUCUCGAACCUCCCAAGGAAGCACGAGUCAGUAGGCUCCUCGAAAACGGUGCGGCAGGAGCCUGACUCAGCAGGACGCAGCUCGCGCAAGACGACGAAUGGCAGCAUGAGCAAUGGUACCUCCAGCGACAUCCAGAAGAAGGUCGCUUUUCUCUCUCCUCCACCGACACCGGGACCAACAUUGGGUGCACUACCCGAGACAGACUCGUCGAGUGCUGGACCCGCAAAGUCGUCCGUGUCGCGUUUCCAGGCUGCUCACGCCAAAGAUACGCGCGGGUCGACGUCGACAGCUGCGUCCUCGAAGACUGAUGUUGCAUCAACCGCUCGAUCGACUAGGCAAGCGUCUACACGCACGGCACCGUCUCCAUUUACCGCCAAGAGCUAUAACGACGGCGCGUCUAUCCACCAGUCGCUGCGGUCAGGGACUCCGUAUUCCCAGACGACAAAUGCCAGCAGUCGGAUACUGUUGGCGCAGUCAUGGAGCGAGGUUGCGGAGGAGGACCUUGUAUCGAACAUCGGGCAGCGUGAGCGCACGCGACAGGAGGUGCUUUGGGAGAUUGUUGCAAGCGAGGAACGCUAUGUGAAUGAAUUGUUAAAGUUGAAAGAAACCUUCAUUGAUCCCCUCCUUCACCCUUAUUCUGCUACUUCCCCAAUCGCGUCGCCCACACCUCUCGAUUAUGAGGACUACCCGCGUUCGGAUACGCCUCGAGAAUCACUCGAGCACCUCCCCAUCGCAGCUCGAUUCCUCUCACCAAUCGGCUUCCUGUCUGACUCCCCAUCGCCUCAGGCCAAUACCACACCUCCACGAAAGGACGAUGGGCAUCCAAACAUCGACGGUGAGUCGAUGAACUCGGACGAGGAAGGAGAGGCAGACGACCGGAUGGGCGCAACAUACACGUCGCGAGGGAAGAACACUUCGGCCAUGAGCCAGGCAGCGAAGCACAACCACCCCCGAUCGCCGUACAACUCGCACUCGCGGGCAACAGGUGGUAAGUUUGGCACGACCGUACCCUUCCCCUCGCGCUCCCACCAAUCACUCCCACCACCCCCACGAGGUAUGAACCUGACAGCCUCGACGCAAUCGUUGGGCCGGCAGUCGAUGAUCGGUGAACGCGAUCGAGAGUACGCGGGGGAGCCCAGCGCACAUUCUACUAGAGCUCCGACGACCAACUCUGGGGCCAACGUGCUGCGCAAGUUUAAGCGCAGCCAGAGUACGGUGACGGAGGCUGUGACAAAUGGAGCGGUGCCUGCGCGAGAGUUGCCGGAGGACCUUCGCAAAUGUCUGGAGGUUAUCGAAGGCGGUAUCCUGGAUGGGCAUAUGAAACUCAGCGAGAACCUCAGGAAGAGGUACGAGGAGCAGUACCCACUGGUCCGGUCACUAGCGGACGUCUUCGUGAGCAACUCGCAUAUCCUUCACGGGUAUGCGACAUAUGUCCUCCACCUCGAGCGGGCACUCGAGCAGGUCGACAAUGCUCUUUCCACAGCAAGCGCGAGCAAGAAGCCGAAGAAGCAGGAUGCCGACCAAUGGGUGAAGGUUUGCCAGUGCUUGCAGCGACUGGAGCUGAACUCGUCGGACAAGGGCGAGACAGGGCUUGCCAUCUCCCUCUCCAAGCCGUUUCAACGACUGCUCAAGUACCCGCUGCUUUUCCAGAACCUACUAUACCACACAGACCCGAGUACCUUCGAGUACGAGAGCACGCUUGGUAUGGUAGCGGAGGUGGAGAUGAUCGUCCGGAGCAUUGAGGACGAGAAGAUCCAGAAGGAGGAGCGCGACAAGACGAGAGACGUCUUCGCGCGUAUUGAAGGCUUGGACAAAGUCAAGCAGCUCAUGGUGCCGAAGCCGUCGCGGGUGCUCAUGGAAGAGAGGCCAGUCGGCGGCCUCAAUCCCGCGGCGGACGUUAAACCAUCCUCAUCACCGCCAACUUCAGGGAACGGGAAGAAUGUCAGAGGCAAGACGUCGUUCAAACGUCUCAGUGACGUUCUUCAGUCCGGAAGUGGAGGUGUGGGAGGCAAGAAGGACCAGUGGCUCGUUGUUUUCAAUGAUGUCGUGCUCCGGUGUCAGCGUACGGGCACGACUUGCCUGCCAUUAGGAGCUUCGACGAACUCCAGGACGAAUUCUCUGCCAGAGCUGCAGGGCAAGGCGAAGUACGCUACCACAGGGCGGCGGAACGCGCAUACGAAGCCUCGGAAUCUCUACAAGUUCCUCAAGAUUGAGACUUGGGCAAUAGGAGAUGUCGUGCAGCCGAGAGAAGGUGUCGUGUCGAUGGAGGAUGUCGCUCGUUCCCGGGCACAAGUACAUUCAGGCGUACAACCGCGCCUUGUACCGAUGCCAGACGAUGACGAUGAUCCCGCGAACGAUUCCGACGACUCUGAUCGGAAAAGCAAGAUGAGUUUCUCCUACUGGGGCGCCGACAAGGUCACCGUACAGAAGCCCAUCAAGCCGAAGCAGUUGGCAAUAAACGCUGCACGGCGAGGCGCGGCGGGCUCACCAACCGCAUACGGUCGCGAGUCGUCAGCGAAUGCGAAGUUCGGUACGCGCUUGGUCGCUGCAGAUUCACCAAGCGGCGGUGCACGUCCAGCGAGCCGCAGGACGCAAGUUACACCCGCUGGUGGCCGGCGGCAGCCUCAUUCCGAGGAGGACCAUUCGGUCAAGGCGACUGUCACGAAGGCCACCGUCACGAGAGACCGCCCAGCUUGGGACGGGAGCACGCGUGCGACGACCACGACACCCGUGCCGAAGCGUUCUCGCAACACGUCGCAGACAAGUGCAGCCACGCGGACGACAACCGCGGCUGCGCCGAAGCAGCUGUCCUCGCCCGCACCGUCGGAGGACUCCGGCGUAGGCCUAUACCGCCAGAUCAUCACGCAGAACCCUUCUCUCAAUGCUCUGAACGCUUAG